CAGCAACAAGGAGUACUAUCUACUAGUGCUUCUGCGCGGCGGCCGAUGCAGCCUCAAGCGGCAUUGGACUUCCUUCAGGCUAUUGUCGCUUCUGAUCGCGAUGAAGGCGCGAUGACAUUACUCAGGGAAAGAAUCGGGCGGAUCGGGGAAUCCUUAGCUGCGUCAUACUUUUAAGGCAAUCUUCAUUGAAGUUCAAGGCACUCAAGAGAGCAUAUUCCACGUAGAGAUCAUUCUAAUACUUCGAGGACUCAGGUUACCGCGUUGUCUGGGUCAAUCAAGACGGCGAGACAAGAUUGCCCUUCGAUUUGGUGUUGACUCCUCAGCAGACCUCAGAAGUAGCAGCUGCCUCAACUUCAACAUCACAGUCUGAGCUAGAAUCUUUACUUGUGGACCACGGCAAGAAAGCAACAAGCAGUAAGAAGGCUACAAGCAAGAAGACAAGCAGAAAUGACCCACAUCAAGAUGACUCACACAAGAAGAUUGUAGCUGCGACUUCGAAAAAUUCGAUCUUCGUCGAGGUAAAAACCAGCAUUCGUCGAGAAAAGACAGCAUUCGAAGUGUCACCGCAAGAGGUCAUUACAGCGAUGGAAUUAGGGAAUCGAUACUGGUUCUGUCGAGUGGAGGACCUCUCAGCCGAAUUUCAUACCAUACACACGUUGAACACAGCGCUAGCAGACAUGCAUCGUACGGGAGAAGGACGAUUAUUCUUGGUGGCGUAAAUAAGUUGUAGUCGUAAAGGGGAAGGACGAUAAGAUUAAGAUUUUUUUGACAGCCAUUGAGUCACACGGAAAAUAAAGGGUAAAAUCAGGCGAUAAAAACUGUGCCAUCAUCGGAGCAAAAUAUGACGACUUCUGAGCUGAGAGCAAGCUGCUCUUUCCUGAUGUUAUGAAUUUCUCAGCACAAACAGUGAGACCACUCGUGGAUUUUGAAUUCAAGAAGUAUCGCGAUAAGUAUUGAGAACUUCGAAAAUAAAUGGUAUUAGACUUUUCUUGAAGGAGAUCCAAUUUCUCAAUUCCAAGAAGGCUGAAAAUAAAUGAAGCAGUACUAAAAACCUGAUUAUCAAAUGGUGAUUGAACUUCCCUAGAUUAUCCCAGGCGCUUCCAUACUAAGGAUGCGUCACUCUGACAAACAUCCUUCUCAUUCCCUCUUCUUAGGCCUUAGGGCUCAUUCUAGAAACUCUCCGAUCUAGGCCUCCGAUAGACUGCUUCGAAAGCUUGUUGAUUCUGAUAUUAUGUAAGUACAUCUUCAUCUUCAUUUUUUCGCGUGUUCAACAUCCAUUCCCAUAACAAAAAAGGUGUCUUUAGGGUUACCUUUGCACGAAGAUCUAUGUCUGUUCCGAAACUCUGAAAAAGCAUGAUCUUUUCUGAAAGCGAGAUCAUCCUCAAGUUCUUCAGUGUCAUAAUUGAAUGAAGGCAUUAUAAGUGUCAGAUGCUCUGAAACUUGUUUGUUGGUAUUGAUGCGCUCCGGGCAACGCGUACGAUCUCUGCUCUGAAACUUAGAAGGCGAGUUCUUUCAUUACAUUCAUGGACGCGGCG